UGCAAUACUUUAUAAAAUAUGUAUAUCUAAAUACAAAAAUUGGAAUGAUAUAUUAAAAUUAAAAAAAGAUUUUUUCAGUAAUUAACACAUUAUAUAUUAGUCUCAAAUGUAAUCCUAUUAUAAUAGUAAUUAUAACAGUCAUAUUCUAAUACUAAAUAAUUUCAAAUUUCACAUCAUAUGAUAAAUAAUUGCUAGUAUAAGGAUUACAAUGGUUAAUGAUUGCGUAGUUCAGUCCAUUAUAAGUUAUUGGAAACCUUGAUCUUUAAUUAGGUUUGCCAUAUCAACAAGGACUUCGAUCCCAAAAGUCACCCAAAUCCAAUUAUUUCUCAGGACAUAAAUACCCCUAUGCCACCAAUCAUCAGCUAAAAUUUGCAUCAUCUGCAAAGCACGACUCCCAAAGUCUCUGACCUCCUAUUUAGUCUCCAUCCCCGUCAGCCUCCUUUCCCACUCCCUCCGUUCCAAAGCCGCCAUUGCUUUCUACUGUCGGACAAGACGAGUCCACCAACAACCCAAACCCUCUUCUUUCCCAAUACACCCCAUGGCCGGCUCUCCUCCUCCGCCGCCGUCUCCGCCGCCCUCCAUCGACCCCAGAAGUGGCUUCUGCCAGAAAACCAAGAUCUUCCACAGCCUCCGCCCCGCCGUUACCCUCCCUCCGGUGACCGUCCCCCUCUCCGUCACCUCUUACGCCUUCUCCCUCCUCCCCUCCCCUCUCCCCUCCCACCCCGCCCUCGUCGACGCCGCCACCGGCUCCGCCGUCUCCUUCCCGGACCUCCUCUCCCAGUCCCUCUCCCUCGCCGCCUCCCUCCGCACCCACCUCGGCCUCUCCCCCAGCCACGUGGCCCUCAUUCUCUCCCCCGCCCGCCUCGAGAUUCCCGUCCUCUAUUUCGCCCUCCUUUCCCUCGGCAUCGCCGUCUCCCCGGCCAACCCCGCCUCCACCCCCGCGGAGAUCGCUCGCCUCUGCCGCCUCUCCAACCCCUCCGUCGCCUUCGCCGUCUCCGCCGCCGCCGCCGUCCUUCCUCGCAACCUCCCUACCCUCCUUCUCGACUCCCCCGAAUUCCAGUCCCUCCUCACCGCCGUCCCCUCCGCUGCUGCACCGGCGGAGGUCCGGCAGUCGGACACGGCGGCGAUCCUUUACUCGUCGGGGACGACGGGGCGGGUGAAAGGCGUCGAGCUGACCCACCGGAACGUGAUAGCGGAGCUGGCGUCGUUAUUUACGGCGCAAGGGCGCCGCCUGUCGCCGGUAGUGCAGAUGGUGACGGUGCCGUUAUUCCACGUGUUCGGAUUCAUGUUCUGCUUGAAGGCGGUGGCGGUUGGGGAGACGGCGGUGAUCCAGACGGCGCGGUUCGACGUCAAGAAGACGCUCCGAGCCGUUGACCGGUUCGGCGUGACCAACCUCACCAUGGCCCCACCAGCGCUUCUGGCGAUGGUUAGGGUUUGUGAAGAUGGAGGGCCGUUCGAUCUCAGUUCCCUGGAGGCGAUCUCCUGCGGUGGAGCACCAGUUAGGAUGGAGUUGAUUAAAAGAUUCGUGCAGAGGUUUCCAAAUGUUCGCCUAAGCCAGGGAUAUGGAUUGACGGAGUCGAGUAGUGGCUUGUUCCGGUCGGUUAAUGUGGAAGAAAGUCGACAUCUUGGUUCCGUGGGGCGUCUUAUCUCAGGAUGUGAAGCAAAGAUUGUUGAUCCUGUUACUGGAAAAGCUCUGCAUCCAGGCAUGCAAGGUGAACUUUGGGUUAGAGGCCCAACAAUUAUGAAGGGUUACAUUGGUGACCAGGAAGCAGCAUCUGAAAUCUUGAAUUCUGAAGGAUGGUUAAAAACUGGGGAUCUGUGUUACAUUGAUGAUGAUGGAUUCCUAUUUGUUGUUGACAGGCUAAAAGAGUUGAUAAAAUACAAGGGAUAUCAGGUCAUCAAUGUCAAUGGAUUUGAUGGAGAGGAGCUAAUCGAGGAUGGAGCCCUUGGUGCCAGAACGGUGGGGGCGAGGGUGAUGCGGACAGAAUCGAGAGCGACUCAGCCACAAUGGCCAAGCUAACAUGCUUUGAGAGCUGGAGCAAUAAAGCAGAGCAAAGAGGUAAGGGAAAAGAGGAAAAGAUGACAGAGGUGGGGAUAUUUUGGUCAUUUGCAGAUGGCCGUCAACAACGUUAGUCGGGAUGGAAGGUCCAAUUUGCAAUGAAAUAGUAUUUUGAAGGCCCACUUCAAGACUUUAAGGAUGGAGCGGUCACUAUGUCAAAUGGGUAAAAUUGAAGGGGGCCUCAGUGUAUUUAUCCUACUUAUUUAUUACUUGCUAUAAAUUAUCAAAAAAUACUUUUUACUAGAUUAUGAUAAAACUAGGGAAAGACUAUGAUGAAACACAAAGAAAUGGUUCAACAAAAAAUUGACAAUUUAGAUAAGUGAAUAACCUUUGGAUCAUAGACCUAACUGAAACCCAUGCAUGAAGCACCCCCUGUGAAUAGCAGUCCUGUGGUCAGUAUUGGUUCGUAAAGAAACUGUCGUCAAAAAAGGUUUAGUUGUGCAAAUCAAGCAAUAAAUAAAGCCCAUUUACUUUACGGAAGUUUCCACUUAUGCCUGUAUUACAGAAUUUGCUUGUUCCACUUAUAAAUGCAUGUGCUGGACACCGUACUGAGAUUAGAUUUAGAAUUUUGUAUCCAUAGAGGUCCUCCAUUUUCAUUGCAAUCUUGCCACCCUUUAUUUUGAUGUUUUUUAUUAUGUUGGCCCUA